CAAGGAGAUCAGCAGGCGUUCCCAAGAUGGCGACAGACAAGGCGGAAGUAGAGCGCAAAAUCGCGCAACUUUGCAAGAAAAUCGACUCCUUCGGACUCUCGGACGAGGACAUCUAUCGGGUCAGCUCGGUGAAGAAGUUGAGCGGACGCCGUACCACAUGUGGGGGGAUACUCUGCGCUACAGCCGCCGUGCUGGCCGUGAUAGUCGCGGCGGUGGCCGUCGGGCUCGGCACGGGCCUGAUCCACCCGAUGGUGCGCAGGAAGCUGACGGAACACCUGUUCACCUUCCUGGACGGAGACAUGGAGAAGGAAUCCUGCAUCUUUCCGUUCAUAGAGGAGAUCCAAGACCCCUUUCGACCGCCCGUCAACUGCCAGGUGUGUGCGGAUAUCGAGGAAGUGGACAGGGUUCGGAACCUGAAGCCAGCCGAAUUCAUUGCCAGGUAUGCCUACACUGCACGACCUGUGAUAGUGGAGGAUGGGACUCAGAACUGGACAGCCUCAGAGUUCUUCAGUUUUGACUACUUCAAGUCGGUCUACAAGCCAGACAGCCCGGCCUUACUGAACGAGGAGUCCAACUGCCAGUUCUUCCCGUACAAGACAAACUUCGAGAGCCUGGGAGACGUCUUCAACAUGAGUAAGGAACGGGCCAAUCUGGAGGACGGAUCGGAACCUUGGUACAUUGGAUGGAGUAACUGCGAUGCUGCAGCGGCCAAUGAUUUGCGGCGUCACUACGAGCGACCGUACUUCCUCCCCACCGAGGCAGAGUCCAGUAAGACUGACUGGAUCUUCAUGGGAAGUCCCGGAUACGGAGCCCACCUGCAUAUUGACGCAGUGGACAAACCAUCCUGGCAGGCUCAGGUGAAAGGGACAAAGGUGUGGACGAUUGAGCCGCCGCCGGAGUGUUACUUUGAGUGUCCCCACACGCUGAAGGUUACAGUACACCCAGGAGAAAUAAUUGUGCUGGACACCAACAAAUGGUUUCACAAGACACUGAUCAUCGGAGACGAGAUGAGCAUCACCAUCGGCUCCGAGUAUGACUAGAAACGUGGACCUGAUCAACAUAAAUAUAGUACACUGUAGGGAGCUGAUGGGUUUAUAGGUUACUUAAACAUGUAAAGAGGGUGUUUUUAGAGGAUUUAAAAUGAAAUAAAUUUUAAUGCAUGAGGAGAUGGUAAUUACAAUGGUAGUGGAGAGCACGUCGGCAGAACGUACUGCACCUGGGCGAAACCCAUAAUGUACUAUGCAUAUCACUUCAGCAGAACGUCUCAUAUAAGGUCGUAU